AUGCCAUCCGGUCCCGGAACGAUUAAGCAAUGGUGGUACAGGUGGAAGAGUCUGCGGUUGCCGUGGAGGAAGACAUGGCUUUGCGGUUCCGACUUGGCAGGAAAUACAUUCUGGGAGUUCAAGGAUGCGAUGAACGCGAACCGGGUCCGCCGCAUAGUCAGAUACAACCCUCGAGCCCACUAUGCAGACGUUAAGAUGGCGCCUCAAUGGAUACAGUGGCUCCGUCACACGCGCUACGAUCCCCCAUCCAUCUCCGAACAGCAGCUUGAUGAGAUCCGCCAACAUCAGAUGAAGGAGCUCGCGGCAGCCGCAGACCAGCGCUGGGCAUCGAAACCUUCUGCGCUUGACCCUCCAUCCAAGCAACAGCCACUACUACCUCUCCGACCCAGAGAUCCCGCUGGCGAUGCGCCGCAGACCGAGCCUGAACACAGGGAGGGCGUGAGGAAUAUGGCGGCGAGCCAUGAUGAAGUGGUGAAAAGUGUAGAGGGGGAGGACGUAGACAAGGGUAGAUUCAAAGGAGAGACGCGUGAGCCUCCGUGGAAGGGGGAGAAGGCGGCGCCGCAGGAAGAGUAUAAGUCUUGGACGCCCAGUGCGGCAAAGAGACGGUCGUAG